GGGGCGCCAUGUUGUCUACCCCAGUACGUCUCUGACUACAUUUCCCAGAAGCCUCCUCGGCCUCUCGCGGGAAUGCAACAUUAGAGUCACAAGCUGGCGGGAUCCUUAGGGUUGCACCAGCAUUUACCCCAGUGUUUUAUUAAGCAGCGUUGCGCUGCUUUGGAGAGCCUUGGAAGGACGGAGCCUCUCUCAGGUCUGUCCUUUCCCAAAAGAGGAACCCAAAGGAAGUCUUUUUCUACAAAUAUUAAAGCCAUGGCUCAGGAGUCAGUGAUGUUCAGUGAUGUAUCCAUGGACUUCUCUCAGGAGGAGUGGGAAUGCCUGACUGAUGAUCAGAGAGAUUUAUACAGAGAUGUGAUGUUGGAGAAUUACAGCAACCUGGUUUCCGUGGCAGGACUUUGCAUUCCUAAACCAAAUGUCAUCUUCUACUUGGAGCAAGGAAAGGAGCCCUGGUUGGUUGACAGAGAGCUAAGAAGAGGCCAGUGGCCAGUCCUAGAAUCAAGAUAUGAAACCAAGCAGUUAUUUCUGAAGAAAGAAAUUUAUGAAAUAGAGUCAGCCCAGUGGGAGAUAAUGGGAAGACUUACAAGACAUGACCUGCAAUGCUCUAGUUUCAGAGAUGAUUGGGAAUAUCGUGGCCAGUUUGAGAAACAGCCUGGCUCUCAGGAAAGACAGUUCAGUGAACUGAUAAUCACUCAUGAAGAUAUACCUACUUUUAGUCAGCAUUCAUCCUUGACGUUACAGCAAAUUAUUAAUAAUAAAGAGAAAUACUGUGCAAGUAAAGGAUAUAGGAAAAACUUUAGACAUGGCUCUCAGUUUACUGCUCAUCAAAUAAUCCACACUAUUGAGAAACCUUAUGAAUGUAAAGAAUGCGGAAAGGCCUUUAGACAUCCCUCAAGGCUUGCUCAUCACCAGAAGAUUCACACUGGCAAGAAACCCUUUGAAUGUAAAGAAUGUGGAAAAACAUUUAUUUGUGGUUCUGACCUUACUCGUCAUCAUAGAAUUCACACUGGUGAGAAACCUUAUGAAUGUAAAGAAUGUGGAAAGGCCUUUAGUAGUGGUUCAAACUUUACUCGACAUCAGAGAAUUCACACUGGUGAGAAACCUUAUGAAUGUAAAGAAUGUGGGAAGGCCUUUAGUAGUGGUUCAAAUUUUACUCAACAUCAAAGAAUUCAUACUGGAGAGAAACCUUACGAAUGUAAGGAGUGUGGUAAUGCCUUUAGUCAGAGUUCACAACUUAUUAAACAUCAAAGAAUCCAUACAGGUGAGAAACCCUAUGAAUGUAAGGAAUGUGAAAAGGCUUUUCGUUCUGGUUCUGACCUUACUAGACAUCAGAGAAUUCAUACUGGUGAAAAACCCUAUGAAUGUAAGAUAUGUGGGAAAGCUUAUUCUCAGAGUUCACAACUUAUCAGUCAUCACAGAAUUCAUGCUGGUGAGAAACCUUAUGAAUACAGAGAAUGUGGAAAAAACUUUAAUUAUGACUCACAACUUAUUCAACAUCAAAAUUUAAUUCAUACUGGUGAAAAACCCUAUGAAUGUAAGGAAUGUGGGAUGGCCUUUAGGCAGACUGCACACCUUACUCGACAUCAGAGACUUCAUUCUGGUGAAAAGCUUUAUGAAUGUAAGGAAUGUGGGGAAGCUUUCGUAUGUGGUCCAGACCUCAGAAUACAUCAGAAAAUUCAUGUUGGUGAGAAGCCCUAUGAAUGCAAAGAAUGUGGGAAGGCCUUUAGAGUACGAGGACAACUUACUCUUCAUCAGAGGAUUCAUACAGGUGAGAAACCUUAUGUAUGUAAAGAAUGUGGGAAGGCCUUUAGACAGUAUGCACACCUAACUCGACAUCAGAAGCUUAAUAUCGCUGAUAGAGUCUAUGAGUGUAAAGAAUGUGGGAAGGACUUUCUGUGUGGCUCAGGCCUUAGAGUACAUCACAAACUUCAUACUGGUGAGAAACCCUAUGAGUGUAAGGAGUGUGGGAAGGCCUUUAGAGUACGACAACAAUUAACACUCCAUCAGAGAAUCCACACUGGUGAGAAGCCCUAUGAAUGUAAGGAAUGUGGAAAGACUUUUAGUCGUGGUUAUCAUCUUAUUCUCCAUCACAGAAUUCACACUGGUGAAAAACCUUACGAAUGUAAGGAAUGCUGGAAGGCCUUUAGCCGGUACUCACAGCUUAUUUCACACCAGAGCAUUCAUAUUGGUGUUAAACCUUAUGAUUGUAAGGAAUGUGGAAAGGCUUUUAGACUACUCUCACAACUUACACAACAUCAGAGUAUUCAUAUUGGUGAGAAACCCUAUAAAUGUAAGGAAUGUGGGAAGGCCUUUAGGUUGCGCCAAAAACUUACUUUACAUCAGAGCAUUCAUACUGGUGAAAAACCUUUUGAAUGUAAAGAGUGUAGAAAGGCUUUUAGACUUAAUUCGUCUCUUAUUCAACAUCUAAGAAUUCAUUCUGGUGAGAAACCCUAUGAAUGUAAAGAAUGUAAGAAGGCCUUUAGACAACAUUCACACCUUACCCAUCAUCUGAAAAUUCAUGAUAGAGUUCACAAUGGAGAAAAGUUAUAUGAAUGUAAGGAAUGUAGAAAGACUUUUAUUCGUCGCUCAACACUUAGUCAACAUCUAAGAAUUCAUACUGGUGAGAAACCUUAUAAAUGUAAGGAAUGUGGGCAGGCCUUUCGGCAGCGGGCACACCUUAUUCGACAUCACAAACUUCAUACUGGUGAGAAACCCUAUGAAUGUAAGGACUGUGGCAAGGCUUUUACAGUGCUCCAAGAACUUACUCAACAUCAGAGGCUUCACACUGGUGAAAAACCUUAUGAAUGCAAGGAAUGUGGAAAGGCCUUUAGAGUACAUCAGCAGCUGGCUCGGCAUCAGAGAAUCCACACUGGUGAGAAGCCCUAUGAGUGUAAGGACUGUGGGAAGACCUUUAGACAGUGUACACAUCUUACUCGACACCAGAGACUUCAUACUUCUGAGAAGCUCUAUGAAUGUAAGGAAUGUGGGAAGGCCUUUGUAUGUGGCCCAGAUCUUAGAGUACAUCAGAAAAUUCAUUUUGGUGAGAAACCCUAUGCAUGUAAGGAAUGUGGAAAGGCCUUUAGAAUAUGCCAACAGCUUACUGUCCAUCAGAGUAUUCAUACUGGUGAGAAACCCUUUGAAUGUAAGGAAUGUGGGAAAACUUUUAGAUUAAGACAACAACUUGUUCGCCAUCAGAGAAUUCAUACUCGUGAGAAACCCUAUGAAUGUAUGGAAUGCUGGAAGACCUUUAGUAGUUACUCACAACUUAUUUCACAUCAGAGCAUUCAUAUUGGUGAGAGACCGUAUGAAUGUGAAGAAUGUGGGAAAGCCUUCAGACUGCUCUCACAGCUUACUCAGCACCAGAGUAUUCACACUGGGGAGAAACCUUAUGAAUGUAAGGAAUGUAGAAAACCUUUCAGAUUGCUCUCACAACUUACUCAGCAUCAGAGUAUUCACACUGGUGAGAAACCUUAUGAAUGUAAGGAAUGUGGAAAGGCUUUUAGACUUUAUUCAUUUCUUACUCAACAUCAGAGAAUUAUACUGGUGAGAAACCUUACAAAUGUAAGGAAUGUAAGAAGGCCUUUAGACAGCAUUCACACCUUACUCAACAUCAGAAGAUUCAUAAUGGAAUUUAAUGCAGAAAAGCCUUCAAAUGUACAUUAUGUUAUAAAACACCAUCAAAUCAAUUUUUGAGAAAAUUUGUUUCAUGCUUACAACUAAGAAUAAGAAAUUUUAUAUUGGAGAAAGAAUAUAUUG